AUCGAAAUCUAGCUUUGGAUGAUACAAACAUUUUAAGUUCUCCUGCCAGAUUUGCUGUACUAGGAAUUCCGGAUGAAAAAUAUUUAUCAAAUACAACGUCAAAGGCCCUAGAAGUUUCUCAAGGGUUCGUACAACUUGGUGAAUUCAUUUAUGAUCUGGAAGGUCCUCCUGUACAAAUAUUUCAGGUCGAUCAUAAAAAUGGGAGUGAACGAAUACCCAUAAAGAGUGUGAUUUUUAAGAUUAAUAGUAAUUGGGGUCAUGAUCGAUACACAUGUUUGUAUCAAUUUAGAGUUCAUGGAAGGAAUGUUAAAAAUAUAUUGAGACAGCAUCAAAAACUUGCAGAUUCAAAAACAUUUGAGAGUACUCCUGUUA